GAGGAAGAGGGUUUCGGCCGAAGGUGACGCUGAGGCGACGGAGGUGCGGAGAGCAGAGUGGGCCGUGAGUGAGAGCGAGCCACGGCAGCACCUUAGGCGCUCUCCCCCACCUCUCUGCGGUGAAUGGCGGCGGGAUGGAGCACGAGGGGAGCGGCGACAGCGGGGGGUCGGCCGGGCUCCUGCAGCAGAUCCUCAGCCUGAAGCUCGUGCCGCGCGUGGGCAACGGGACCUUGUGCCCUAACUCCACUUCUCUCUGCUCCUUCCCAGAGAUGUGGUAUGGUGUGUUCCUGUGGGCACUGGUGUCCUCUCUCUUCUUUCAUGUCCCUGCUGGAUUACUGGCCCUCUUCACCCUCAGACAUCACAAAUAUGGUAGGUUCAUGUCUGUAAGCAUCCUGUUGAUGGGCAUCGUGGGACCAAUUACUGCUGGAAUCUUGACAAGUGCAGCAAUUGCUGGAGUGUACCGAGCAGCAGGAAAGGAAAUGAUUCCAUUUGAAGCCCUCACCUUGGGCACUGGACAGACGUUUUGUGUAGUGGUGGUCUCCUUUUUACGGAUUUUAGCUACUCUAUAGCACAUACCCUUGUGCUAUGAUGGCGAACCUAAGUUUCAUAGAAUCCUCAAAAAGAAUACAGUAUGGAAUGUGUUUUCUUAGUUCUUCAAACGGGAAGCAACUUGGAUGAAAAGGUAUAUGAAGAACAUUUCAGUCCUUUCUUCAAUUUGAAGCUCCAGGAAUUAAAGAUCUCUUUGGACUCAUUGUUCUCAACGAAAACAAAUCAAGUUUCUUUUCUUUCUUUCUGAUGAAGGUUGGCAUCCUUCACACUGAAAUUUAUAAUGUUCUGUGAGAAAAUGCAACGUUGCAUAUUUCAGAGAAACUAUGGAUCAUAUGAGUUUAUUUCUGAGCAGAGUAUACUGUACUAAAAUCUAACUUGAUCUAAUCUUGAUUAAAAUUUGGCAGACUCAUCUCUUGCUACAUCUUCAUGACAGUAAGCGCCAAGUAGGUUUUGGUUGAAUAUAGUGUUGUGAACAAAUUUGGUGAAAUUUGUUGCACACAAAAAAAUCUAUAACUCAAGUAGUGGCUUCGAUUCCACUGUUUAAAGAAAAAGGAGCUAACUACUGAAUGAUGUGACAUUUUUAUGGAGAACUAUCUUGACCUCUGAUUAUUUAAUAUAUUUUAAGAGAUGUGAAUUUGUUUUUUUGUACAUUUUAUCAAAAUAAGCUAGAUAAUUGAGACUUUUUCCCCCAAAGCUCCUGUACUACCUCUUCCUAUAACUUUUAUUCUAUUGCUUUUAUUUAGUUUAAUUGGAAACAUACCCUAUUAAAUAGUUGGGAGUUGAAAAUUUUCACCCAGAUUGUUUAGGACACUCUUUGAACAUUGAGGCACACGCACAAAAAGAUACUUUAAACGUUCUGUUACUGUUUUUCUUAGUGACUUUGGUUUACUCAUGGCUCUUGAAAAAUUGUAUAAGUGCAGCUUAAACUAGAGUUAGUGGUUAUGGAUUUCCUAGUCCUAAUGUGGUUACCUAGUGGUGGGUCUUCAGCUCACUUUUACAGUAUUGGGUAUCACUCCCAGAAAGUGCUUAAAGUUUAAUUUUCAGAUAUGCCUUCCACUGUGCCCUUUACAUUUUCCUUCAAGAGAAUUUAUAUCCUUAAAGAGAAUUAAAUAUCAGAGUUUUUUAAAACCCAAUUUUAGCUAUUUUAAUUUUUCUUCUAAUGCCUAACUUACUUUUUCAUUUAAAGGCCUGAAAACUGUAACCUUCAAAAGAAAAAGGAUUGCAAAAAUUAUCUAACUUUAUCCUUACCACCUAAACUGUUCUGUAUGAAAUACAAUCGAUGUUAUCUGUUUUCAAAAUAGUUUCUGGUAAUUAAAUCUGACAUUUUUAAAGGAAGGUUUUCAUUGUGAGUGUAAGGCUAACUGCCCAUGAGGUCGUGUGCAGUUCUAUUUGAUUUAAAGCAAUAUGCACUCUGGCUUCUGAUUAAAAACAGCCAGGAGUACCAAUUUACCAGGGAUAGUCAAAGAGAAAAGUUACAAAGGAUCACAAAAAGUAACUGGACAUUUUCUUUUAACUAAUCGUCCAUUAGACCACUUAUCAAAAUUAUAGUGUUAUAUACACAUAGACUAGGUGGAAAAUUACAGGAGUUGGAAUGUAGGCAAAUGUCUUUACAAAUUCCCCAACAAGAUUACUCUCCAAUGCUCAAAUCUUUCUUUCAAGCAAAUUUUUAAGUCUUUAGUUGAAGACUCCAUUUUUCAGUUCAGUGAGCUGGAUUUGGAAAAGUAGCCCUUCAGUUUAAGAAAUUUGUUGUAGGAAAUUAUUUUAAUUAUCUCUACUGAAGGAUGCCUCUUAGCAUUCUCACCUAAAACAUUCCUUUGGAUAGAAUUUCACAAAUUGAACAUGGGCCAGUGGUCAGUGGGCUCCUCCCCCUAAAUACUAAUUUUUGAACAUACUGAUCCAUGAUUUAUUUGGUUUAUUUUUCUUUUAGAGCCAAGACACAAAAAUUAAUGCAUUUUGAAAGUUGUCUUUGUUUUCAUCUGUUUCUUGUUUGAUUAUCCACUCUUUUUAAAAACUUCAAAUAUAAAGUGUAUCUUCAAAUUAUUGAAUGUUUCAUCCAUCCCAGUCUGUGAACAUUCUCCUGUGAAUAAAUGUAUAUAGACUUUAUAUAGCUUGAGAUUUGUGGCUUGAAAUAUUUUCAGGGAGAAACUAUUUGAAUGAUAAGGAAUGUCUAUUCCCCCUUAGAGUUUAUUUUUCUUUUUAAUUUCUCAUCUCAAAUACACAAUUAGUUGGGGGUGGUUGCCCAGAUGAAAAAAUAUUGGCAUUUGUGUUGAACAUUUUAUCUUAUCACAUAUAGCUUCUGAGAAGUUUUGCCAACUACUGACUUUCCUAGAGACACGUGCAACCACCCCUCCCUUAGCUGUGUAUCACUUUUCCUUUUUUCUAUGAGUGGGAAGGAGGCAGCCCCAACCAUAAAAAGCUGAUUUCUGGAUUCUUUAAUAUUGAGGUUUUAGGGUAAAGGCGUUUCACGUAAACUUAAAUCCGUAUACAAAUGAGUAAUGAAUAUUCCAAGAUAAAGAUGUCUCUUUGUGCUGUUAACUCAUUUUUUUUUUUCAGCAAAACAUUACCUAGGAUAUGUCUAAACUAGGUGAGAAAAAGUUCAUGCAAAUAAUUAUCUUUAAGCCCUUAUGUUUUCUAAGUCUUUAAAUUGUAUGUUAGCUUUUGAUUCCAAAAGCUGCUCUGGUUUGAAUUAAGUUCUUAUUACAACUGCAGUGCAUACCAACCUUCCCUAGGAGACCAUUUCCUGGAAUGUGAAGUCCUGGUGCCAUUAGCUGUCCACAUGCAGAAGGUUCUGUGUACGUGCAUUUCUUUUUUGUGCACUCUGUCAGGCUGGUUGUGGCUAAAAUCAGCUCAGCUUUUUGUAUUAGAUUAUUUCACCAAAUGCUACAGUCAAAAUGAUCUAAUCUUUGUACCAUAGAAAAUUAUUUAAAUUUUAUUUUUCUACUGACAUUUCUAAUUCUGGUAUAUAUGUUUAUCAAUAAAGAGUUACUUUUAAUUCUGUGAACUAGAACUGUUAUUUCUUUUUCAGUGGCCAAUGAGUUUAAUCUUUCGUAAUAAGGUUUUCCAACUUAAGUUUUUUUUUAGUACUUAACAUAUAUGCUUAACUGUAUUUCU